AUGGUGGAUGAAGACGGUGGAGAUUCUUGUCGACGGGGAUCUCGAGACAUUGGAACAGAAGAAGCCUUCCGGAAACAGGAAUUCCGCUCUGAGGCCGCCGUCCAAAAUAUGAGAGGAUCCUCCGCGUGGUUGUGCGCAGGGAAAUCCGAGUUUGAACUGGAGUCGAAGGAAGUCGUGCCUCCAAAGGGCCUUGCGGAAGACGGUGUGGGCGAAGUGUCACCUGGAGCCCGCGGUACAGACACGCGUGUGGAGGCCCCAGUCGGCGAGGCGCGGGCUGCUUUCGUUGAGGGCGACGGCGAACCUGAAUUUGACCAGGUGUUUCGAGGCGGAAGCACUCAGUCGGUGCGCCCGUGGGAGUCUUUGGGGGGUAACUUGCACAGAGGUCACGAGCGGGACGAAGACAAGGAGAGUGGCACUACGCGACGAACAAUCAUGGGGCUCAGCGAGCGCCCCCUAGACGCUGCAAGCAAGGUCCCUUGUGCCGACACCGGCUGCGACCUACCCUCCUUUUUAUUUACGUCCCCGCACCCCUUGGCGUCAGAUGUUCCAGUAUUUCGUGAAGAGCUAAGUUCUUGUGAAGACGAGGGCGCCGGCACCAUGGGUUCCCCCCACAGCGGCUGUCUCUCCCUCUCCCAAGACACGACAGCGCCAACGUAUAGCGGCAACCGCGGACCGGCAUUAGUGUCUUCGGCGCCUUCCCGCUCGCUCGACUACUUCUCUAUUUCUUCGUCCUGGGGGACCGCGCCGUCGGUCAGUGGGACUCCGACGAGCUACAAUCUCUGCGCGACCAAAGGACGCCAACACGCGUUACCUCCCGGGCAGGGCGCCGUUGCUUAUCUGGGCUCCAGUGGCAGCUCCCCGGCUGUCGGGUUUACUUCUAGCUUCAGUCGCCAUAUGCCUGACCAUCGACCUGGACACCCAGCACAGCAGGAAACGCUGCAGCAUCAAACUAUCAGUGAGGACUUCUGCUUCCCUGAGACUUUCCAGCCGCUUCCCCAGAACGCGUCUGCCCUCGGCUUCACGGAUUCAGGUGCCGAGCUAAAGGAGCGGCUUCCUCUCCCCCCACCCCCAGGAGCCGCCGAGGCCUCCGCAGCGCAACACGAGGCGGGCGGGAUGUGGAGUUUGGGGCCUGGUGCCUCGGUUGCAGGGGCUGCCGCAUCGCUGUCUCCUCCAAGUUCUUUCCAGCCUUCGUUUCCUGGGACGCCCGGACACCCUGGAAGCGAAAUCCAGGCGGCGGGUGGGGUGGGGCCGUUCGGUAGGUCGCCCUUCUCCGACGAGAACGGAGGCAACCCUCUUGCGGUGGCGUCUCCCGUUUCCUGUUUCCCCGUCGCUCAUGCUCGGCACCCAGGGGACCCCGGUGGGGCGUCCUCGCCGCGCCGCUCUCCCUCUCUGGUCUCCUCGUCGACGACCUGCCCUUCCCACGGCACCGUGUCGGCUGCGUCCCCACAUUCUCGGCCGACUGAAAGCAUGAGCCCGGCGUUUCCGUAUGCGGGAGCGAACUUAUCGAGUGGUUUGCCCCCUGGUCUGGGCCAAAAUCUGGCGAAUAUCGUCUCGCCCCUUCCUUUGCAGCACCUGCUUCAGUUGGGCUCGCUCUCGAGCGCGAUAGGCCCCGCCGGCUUCGACCGUACGGUCCCCGGCACUCUAGGCUUGCCCGGGCACCCUCUCCCCGAUCUCUCUCAGCUCCUUGGCGGCUCUUCCCUCGGCGUAGACUCGGCGGGCACCAGCAACGCCGGUGGAGGGGACCGCGACAACUCGAGUGGAAGCGAGGCGUCAAUGAAACUUGCAUGCUCGCCGCUGUUGCAUCCUGCACUGCGUUCGAGCGCAUGCGGACUGCGUCCCCCGGCCUCCGCUUCGCGCUUCUCCGGCGUCGGCGCCCACGGCAAUUUCUGUCCUCCUGGAGGCAGUGAGGGAGUUCCCCAACAACCCGGUAGAACGUUUGUUGGAAAUAUUCCUCCAGACAUCACAAGGGCCGCUGUCAAAAGGCUAGCCGAGAGGUACGGCACUGUCAUCGGACUCGAGUACGAUCCGCAACCGGGCAGGUGGGCGUACGCCUACAUCAUCUUCGCGACUUCAACCAUGGCUGAUCGGGCCGUCGGCGCAAUGCACGGGAAACGAGCGUUUGAGCAUGCAGAAUUCCAUCGUCUCGUUAGCUGCCGCUGUGCGAAGGACUUUCCUUUAACUCGCUUGCCGUUAACGAAGAUGGACAUGCCAUGCUUGAAUGUGCCGUCGUCUGACGGGUUGGCGACUGGAGGCCGAGGAAGCCACACACCUCCGCGAGGAGUCGACCGUAUGCUGGACGGCCAGCUUUCAUCUUCCUCGCUCUCCAGUUCGACUCUCAAGCCUGGGUGGAACCAUGCGGAUUUCGCGGAGGGAAGUGGUCCAACAUCCUCCGGUACUACCAGCCUAGCAGGUCAAGGCGACAAUCAGCCGAAUGCGGCAGCAGGCGUGCUAGCUGCCCUGGGAGCUCUGGGCCCUGUGUCGGCGAUCCCGGGCCUGCGAACAGUGCAAGGAAAGGGCUGUGUGCUUGACCCCGGAGUGAUUCAAGAGCAGGCGAGGAAAACAACGUUCACGCUCCUCAGAGACGGACCUCCAGGGGCGAAUUUAUUCAUCUACGGCAUCCCCGCGUGCUGGAAGGAGUUGGAGCUGAUGAGUUUGGCUGGCCAGUUUGGGCAUGUCGUUGGAAUUCGCGUGCCGCCUGCGUCGUCGGUCGUCCAGCCCUCGUCGAACUUUCCCUCGGGUGGCCCAAUCGGAAGCAGCAAUACGAACUCGACUCUGUUGUCAUGCUGCAGCUACAACCGCGGCUUUGGUUUCGUUUCGUACGACAACACGAGCGCCGCGAUUGAAGCGUUCAGGCAGCUGUCCGGGCUUGUGGUGGCGGGAAAGGCGCUGAAGAUUCAGCUGAAGAACGGCGAAGAACAUCUGCUUGCCUCUGCGCUCAAGACGAUUGCUAGCAACCCCAGUCCGAGUCCAAGUCCGAGCUGGAGCCCGGCUCUAAGUUGCCCCAUGAUGUGGGACGGCCCCGGGCCUGGGAGCCCGUUCAUCAGCACAGGGCUUUCCACGAGUGGCGGGUUGCCCUCUGCCCGCAGCUGGUGCGGCGGCAGUACCUGUACCACUACGGUGGGUUCUGGCCCUGCCGUGAAUGUCUCUCCAGCCUCUUUGGCGCAACGCGGGCCAGGUUCCCCUGGAGCCCCUGCCGCCCAGCAGUUGCCCUUCCCCUACUCGGUCCCCGAGUCGCCAGUCCAACGCUUUGGAAGUCUCCCGCCCGCGGUCCCCACGGCUCUGGGUCAGCUCGGCGGAAGUUUCUUGGGCGGCGCUGUGGCGGGUCCGCAGUCUAGCCGCGGCGGGGCAGGACGUGUAACGGGCUCUGCAAGCUCUCCAUUCAUGUCUGCGGCGUCGGUCUGCUCCUCUACCUCAAGUGGCCCUGCAGGCAGCUCUCGGGGCGGGCUCGGGUCCGUAGGAACCUUUCCCACUUCUGAUCCCUUUCUGACGGUCACGGCCGCAGGGCUUUGUUCCCUUUUGGCAACGAGUGGUGUAGGCGGCAAAGGGGGCAUGACGAUGCAGCAGCAACUUCUCCUCCAGCAAGCCUUCAGCACGAUGACGCUCGUCCAAAAGCAGCAGCUUCUGCUUCUUCUCACGCAGUCUAGUCAAGAGACCUCUGCGCCCUCUCAAGAGGAAAACAAAGGCGAGCGAGGUGGGGCGCAUGUAACAGUAGACAGGGGUGAGAGCAGCCAAGUGGCCGUGUUUCGUGGCCCCUCCGUGGCGAGUUCCACCAGUGUGAUUCCCGAAGCUGGGUCCGGAGCGAAAGGCCCGUCUGUGUCAUCUGGAGGGACGCACUCGUUCACCUUGCGAGAUUUUCUCGUAGCUGCUCUUUCGCAGCAGCCUUCCAAACUCUCGCCCACUCAGCAGGAAGCAGACAAUAGCGUGGGAGCAAAUGGAAAUCCAGUCACUUUGCUUCAGCAUAUGCGAGAGACAGCGCAGGGCCUCCCAGCGCCGACAGCUUCCGCUUGUCACCUUCCUCCCGUCGGCCACAGCACCGAAGGAGGGAAUGCAGUAGCGCCUACAAACCCGUUGCGGAACUCAGGAGAGAAGACGCGGCCUCCUCUUCAAGGGUCGGCCGUCAGCCCGUCCGGGCCUGGAGACAACUUCCAUAUGGGGGAGUGGGAAGCCUUCUCAGGUGGGUCCGACCGGCUUUUUGGAACUCUGCUAUCUCAGCAGAACAGCCUCGCUUUCAGUCAUCAGGGAAAGUAUGACACAUCUUUGCGGUUCACCGUCCACAGCAGUGGUGGCAUCAAUGAAGGGGCUGCGACGUUCUUCAAGACCGAGUUGCCUGGAGACCGCCCGGAUUCGAUAGACCUAAGCUUUUUGCAAACGGCCGAUGGCCCGCGCCAAAAAGUGAAAGCCGAGAUGACACCGGCGGAACGUAGUCCGUCUCUGUCGGCGGAGGCUUUUUCUCCCAGACGGGUGAGCCUCGCUCGCCGCCACACGAAAGAGGAGGGGAUGUCCAGCACUGGAGGCAGCCUAAAUCCGCACACUCGAGAUGUUUCAGCAUCUCUGGGCUCCACAUCUGCGCUGCCUUCGGACUUCUGUCUCUUAUCCAGAGGCAAGAAAGGUAAGUUUCGCGACCAGUGCGGAACGCGGGCGGUCUCAAGCCCUCAAGCGGACGAAGCAAACCCAAGCAGCUCCGGGUCCGAUUCCCUUGCCGCCCUGAAGGCUGGGACAAGGGACAGUGCCUCGAAAGUCCGAGAAUGUGGAACGGCGAGGACUAUCGUGCACCAGCUCGCGCAGUGCGUGUCGAUGCUGGCGUCGCCGACAGGGUUCUUUCGCAAGCACGAGGCGGAGGCUUGGUCGGUAGAGAAAGCAGGAGGAGCACAGGGCGAAGUCAGUGGCACAGGGAGAAGUGAAGAGAAGCUAGAGGACGGGUUUGCCGACUGGAACGACCGCGGAAGGGGAGAUGUGGAGGAAGUUCAGAAGGCCGAAGAAAGCACCCCAGGAGAGGGCUGUCCUUCAUUGCCGAUCCCGCCAAUGUUUGUCUCCUGGAAGCAGGAGACGAAGGGUCUGCAUGCAGAAUGCAUAGGCCAGAAGACAGGGAACAAAGACGCGAAGCAGUGGGAGAAUGAGACAGGGCAGAACGCAACAACGGAGGCAGCACAGAGAGGGGGCCAAAUGGGAGUACGCGAAGGCUUUGUGAGAGACAAGGGCGAGUGUCAUAAUGCGACUGCACCUGGACUCGGCGCCGAAGACUCCAAACGUCCUUUGCACAGCACAGGUGUGGACUCGCUUUCGCCCUCACGUCAGGCUUCGCUUGAGGAUGCUCCGUCUUCCAUGUCGUUUUUUUUCUCGGGUGCCCCAGCGGUGAAUAAAGCCAGUCGUGAACGUGGAGACUGUAUGUCAUCAUGUCAGAGACCCUCGGCAGCUCUCUCGAGCAACUUAACUGGUGCCCCAUACGGAAGUGCACCGGUCCCGCCGCGGCUUGGCCGACCCGAGGCCAACGACGAAGCGACCGCGGCGCGACCGGAGCUUGCCAAAGGCCUGUCCUUGAAGCGAGAUGAGGGUGAGGAGACAAAGGAAACAACAACGAGUUCGAUUCUUGAGGCCUCUCUCAAGGACAUCGCUGAUGCUGCGAGACGCACGGAAGUCCUGGGACCACUCGCUGGAAAAGCCGCCAGUGGUCCUGCAUGCGCGACGUCACCCAAGCGGGAACGAACAGCGGUGAGUGGAGGACUUAGGUCUUGGCCUCUCGGCUCUUCGGGGUCGAGUACGCAUGGGCUGUCAGAGGAAGAAGGAAGAAGCUCAGGUCCGUCGCCGCCGUCGUGCUCUCCUUUCCUAUCUGAGCAGGACGGUGUUCCGUUGUCUCAACGGGAGUCCAGCCCGAAUGUUAAGUCCGUGCAUGACUUCAGCAACGGUGGCCGAAACGCUGUCGCCCCUCCGCCUCCCACCUUCAAGGCUUCUCAGCGACGGGUGAAGCGGACCGAUGUGUCCAUGCUUACGUCUGGCGGGCCAGGGUUUUUGCCCCCCCCAUCCAGCGGGAUUGAUCGAGAGAGAAGAGAAGGCUGCGCCGCCAUUUUCUCGAGUCUCGCGUCGAGUUCUCAGCAAGCGGCUGCCCAGGUUGUGUGCGGGCGGGGAGAAGGCGCAGCACCCAAGAGCGCCGGUCCCGGUCCGUCCCUCACUCCUGCAUCCGAGGAACGCGCCGACAACACAAGGAAAGGAACCGGCAGCUCCACUUCAACUGCUUCGCGGGGACCCCUGUUCCGGCGUCCAUGUGUGCACUGA